UGGAAUUCUAUAGGAAAAGGACACUUCAGAGCUUGAUGGAAGAAGAAAGGAAUGGUGUUUGGUUACCUAGUAGAGCCUGCUUUACUGCCCAUCAAAAUGUGUACGAACCUGAACCUAAUUCUCAGUUUGCUUCUGCUAGAGCAUCCUCUGCUUCAGUGAUGUCCAUUCCACUAUGCACUACAAGCGCUGAGACACCUUGGACGCUCUCUCCCAUACACAUGUCUUCCCCCAACUCACUUCUUUAUCAAUGCUUAGCCUCGCUCCACCGCCAUGAAGGUGACAUCUUCGCAAUUGCAGUUUCCGGUGAUGUUAUUUUCACUGGCUCAGAGACUUGCCGAAUCCAUGCAUGGGAGCAACCCUACUGCACCAAGAUAGGACACAUCAAGGCUAAUGCUAGUGAAGUUCGAGCCAUCCUGGCUUAUGGGAAGGUCCUCUUUACCACCCAUAGUGAUUUCAAAAUUCGUGUGUGGGAUGUGUCCAUUACAGAAGGUUUUCAUCCGAAGAAGAUCACUACCUUACCUCAAAGAAGCCCAUUCUUCUUAUUUUCAAGAAAGAAUAGCCAUCAACACAAGGACUACAUCACUUGCCUAGCUUACAACCAUGUCGAAAAGCUUCUAUAUACAGGUUCAUGGGACAGGACUGUUAAAGCUUGGAAGGUCUCAGAAAACCAAUGUGUCGAUUCAUUCUUAGCUCACAAAGGUCAUGUUAAUGCAAUUGUCAUCAACCAACAAGAUGGAUGUGUUUUCAGUUGCUCCUCUGAUGGCACAGUGAAAAUAUGGAGAAGGGUUUAUGGAGAAGGCUCACAUAUGCUCACCACAACACUCAAAUUCCAACCUUCACCAGUUAAUGCAUUGGCAUUGAGUUCAUCAUCAAACACUUGCUUCCUCUAUUCUGGCUCAUCAGAUGGGCUUAUAAACUUCUGGGAGAAGGAGAGAAUGUCAGGCAGAUUUAACAAUAGAGGAUUUUUACAGGGUCAUCAUUUUGCAGUUCUUUGCUUAGAGGCUGUAAUGGAAUUACUCCUCAUUGGCUCAGAGGACACAACCAUAAAGAUAUGGAGACGAGACGAAAACCAUUUUCACUCAUGCCUUGUGGUCAUUGACAGACAUCAAGGGCCAGUGAGAUGCUUGGCUGCUGCUUUAGAAAUGGAGAGUAUCGUAAUGUGGUUGUUGGUUUAUAGUGUAAGUUCAGAUCAAACUCUCAAGGUAUGGCGAGUCAAGUUCCCCACUGAGAAGAACUUGCAGGAUUCAGAAGUGAACGAGCAGUUGACAGAAAACAUCGAGUUCAAGAUAAGUCCAGUUUUAUCACCUUCAUGGGUAGAGAAGAAACUUCAAGGCAACCAUUUUUAGCAGAAAAGGGAAGAGGAGAUAUAAGAGAGAAUUGAUACUAUGUAAGCUUUGAUUUAACAUAGUUGUUUGUUUAGAAAAUAGAAUUGUAUUCAUGAUUUCAACAUGGUAAGAAUGGCAAGGUGAGGGACUCUAGCGUCUCACCCUUUUGG